AUGAAACCCAUCUUCUUCCUCAUCCCCGCCGUCCAAGCAGGCACCGUCAUCUGGAACGGCAUCUUCAACGAAUCGUCCACCGUGGACCAACUCGACGAAUGGUCCUGGUCCAACCAAGUCGGCGCCUACCAAUGGUACAUCCACGGCAGCGAGAAAACAAACCACUACCUUGAGGUAUCCCCGGAUCUCAAGAACCCGGCGUCCAAGGAUGGGAAGGGUAUUCGCAUGACAAUUGAUGAGACGGCCUCCUGGAAUGGCCAAACAAUGAUGCGAACCGAGCUCAUCCCCCAGACCACAUCCGACCUGGGCUCCGGCACGCUCUUCUACCACUUCUCGCUGCAGACGCGCGAGAAGAACCCCCCGAACGCGAAGAUCGAGCACCAGAUUGCUUUCUUCGAGAGCCACUUCACCGAACUCCAAUUCGGCGGCAGCGAGCCCACCCUCCGCUGGAUGGCCGGCGGCAAGUCCCACUGGGACACCGAGCUCAAGGCCGGGGUGUGGUACAACUUCGCGUACGAGAUCGACUUCUCCGGGCAGACGGUCGCGCUGUGGGCGUCAGAGGGAGCGAAGCCGUUGGCGCGCGUGGGCGACGACGCGGUGGCCGCGUCGACAGAGACGAAUUCGCAAGAUUGGCACGUUGGGGAACUGAGGUUGGAUAAUGGGGCUGCUGGGGGUGGGGUGGAGGAUUGGUUCUGGUCGGGGGUUUAUGUUGAGAGUGGGGAGAUUACCAAGGAGGUGUAG